AUGGCUCAUUCUGACAUCAAUUGGGUUCAAGCUUUGCCUCUAGUACUUCUUGGUAUUCGUUCUGCUUUGAAAGAAGAUAUCAAGGCUACUUCAGCAGAGAUGGUCUAUGGAGAAACCCUUCGUUUACCUUUUAAACUGCUUUCUUCAAACCUUGAAAACAAGAAUCUCGGCGAUCCAAGCAGCUUCCUCUCAAGCUUACGGGAGUUCAUGUCACGCUUACGCCCAACUCCAGCAUCAAGACAUUGUCAACCUGGCGUUUUCGUUUUCAAGGAGCUCUCCAAAUGCAGUCAUGCCUUUUUGAAACAAGGACCUUUUCUAAAGGCACUCCAACCACCAUACACUGGCCCAUACGAAGUCAUGGAUCGAAACGCAAAAACGAUCACACUCAAGAUCUGUAACAACAAGCCUACCAAAGUCUCUAUUGAUCGAGUGAAACCUGCAUUCAUUUUGCAAGAUGAUGUCACACCUGUUCCUGUUCCUGUUUUUGUUUCUGUUCCUGAUGCUGUACCUACAGAACCAAUUCCUGUUCCUGUUUCUAUUCCUGAUUCUGUACUUACAGAACCAAUAUCAGUUCCUGUUCCUGAUGUUGUGCCUACAGAGCCAACGCAAGUUCCCGAACGCACUACACGAUUUGGCAGAAGAGUCAAAUUUCGAGACAUUUUAAAUUUGAAGCCAAAUUCUUUGCCAAGGGGGGUAGUGUGGCGAGCGCAUCAAGCAUUCGAACCAACAUUCGAACGUGGUUGA